AAAGAGAAUUCCAAGUAAAUGAGUGUCAUCAGACUCGGAGCCGGCUGAAGACAUGAGGGUGAUACUGCUGGCUGUGGUUUACGUCCCCUUCGCCGUGGCUGUGGAACGCGUCCCGCUCAUUCGAUUUAAAUCUAUCAAGAAACAACUUAAAGAAAAGGGAGAAUUAGAAGAAUUCUGGAGGAAUCACCACCCCGAUAUUUUUGCUCGGAGGUACCUGCAUUGCUUCCCUGCAGAUAUUACUCUAUCGGUAGGAACCGCUUCAGAAAGGCUGUAUGAUUACAUGAAUGCGCAGUACUAUGGAGUUGUGAGUGUGGGCACGCCGCCUCAGAGGUUCACCGUGGUGUUUGACACCGGCUCGUCCAAUUUUUGGGUCCCUUCCGCCUAUUGCAUCAGUGAAGCGUGCAGGGUACACCAGAAAUUCAAGUCCUUUCUGUCGGACUCGUAUGAGCAUGGCGGGGAAGCCUUCUCCUUGCAGUACGGCACCGGAGAGCUGCUGGGCAUCGCUGCCAAGGACACGCUGCAGAUCAGUAACAUCUCCAUCAAGGGACAGGACUUUGGCGAGUCCGUGUUUGAGCCAGGAACAACCUUUGCCCUUGCCCACUUUGAUGGCGUGCUGGGCUUGGGAUACCCCUCCUUAGCAGUGGGCAAUGCUCUGCCCGUGUUUGACAGCAUCAUGAACCAGAAGCUGGUGGAGGAGCCAGUCUUCUCCUUCUAUCUGAAAAGAGGAGAUGACACUGAGAACGGUGGUGAGCUGAUCCUGGGGGGGAUAGACCAUUCCCUCUACAAAGGCUCAAUUCACUGGGUCCCAGUCACUGAGAAAAGCUACUGGCAAAUACAUCUGAACAAUAUAAAAAUCCAGGGCCGGGUGGCAUUUUGCUCCCACGGUUGUGAAGCCAUCGUUGAUUCAGGCACUUCUCUCAUCACCGGUCCCUCUUCACAAAUCAGGAAACUCCAGGAGUAUAUUGGGGCAAGUCCAUCACAUACUGGAGAGUUUCUUGUAGAUUGCAGAAGACUGUCCAGCUUGCCCCACAUCAGCUUCACCAUCGGGCACCAUGAAUACAAGCUGACAGCAGAGCAAUAUGUUGUGAAGGAGUCUAUCGAUGACCAAACCUUCUGCAUGAGCGGCUUUCAGUCUCUUGACAUCACCACUCGCUCUGGCCCGCUCUGGAUUUUAGGAGAUGUCUUUAUGUCUGCCUUUUACUGCAUUUUUGACCGCGGGAAUGACAGAGUGGGAUUUGCAAAAGCUGCUCAUAGGAAGGAUUAUUACUGAGUUGCAACAGCAUUUAUUCUGCCUCAACCCGAAUGCUGUUGUAAAGAUCUUCAGCAGACCUGUGAAAAAGGACUAUAACUGAAACUCUGAACCAGAAUGUAGUCACCCCUCCCCAAGAUUUCAGGGUUUGGGAUGAUCCUUGUCCCAGAUUACAUAGUUUGGUUCAAUCUCUAUAUAUUUACAACCAAGACAUAUUUUCUUCCUGAAUAACUGAUGAACACCACAGCUCUCUAAACGAAGACAGCUCAUCACAGCUCGUUGCACAGAUCUGCAAGAGAGCAUGAAGGAUAAAAAUGCUUAACAGUGCAAGACCGACGAGAUGGCAGUUAAGAAUGGGUGAAACUAAUCCUGGUCUGAUCUGUUCUGGGUACUGUUUCUUCUUCUUGUGUGCUGUUUCCAUCUCAUUUCCCACUGACUUUCUUUUCCUCAUUAUGUUCCAUGUUUUGGCAUCCUUGUUUCCUUGGUGCCACAUAAAUUCCCUUUAUAUGGUCUUGCUCCAACCGAUUUAUAUGAAGAGUUGGACUGAUCCCUGUGUGAUCACCGUGUUCUCCCCUACCCUUGCAGACAACUUCCUCUCAAACCUGCUUUUCCCGUGUUUGUUCUCUCUUAACUCUUCUUCUCUUUGGGGUCUCGGUGUUCAAUGCUGCCUGACACCUCUGCCCUUUGGCAGUUCAGACAGCUGGGAGCAGCAUCUAUCUGCAUUGCAAAAAACAGAUCACAGUCCGUGCAAGGGGAGCUGUUGAGCUUUCUACAGAUGAUUGAGCCAAAGAAGAUCCACCUGAAAGAUACCCACUGAAAUAUUUGUUUUGGUUGCUAAAACUGAUGCUGCCCCUGUUCAUGUGAAUAAAA